UCGGAAGGUCGUGUUGGUCAUUUAAAAUUUUGCGCGAUUGCGAAUUAUACGAUUAAGUUUCUGUCGGAGGAAGCAAUAUAAUAUACCAGGGCAUCAGAAGCUCCUCACUUUUGGCGCCUUUACACCGAUUUUAAAAAAGAGAGGAACGAUCUAUCUCUCACCCUCAAGCGAUCGAUUUCUCGAUGCCAGCAGCCAUGGAGCAACAGCAGCAGCGUCAUCAAAAGAUGGCUGAAGAACACGAAGUUGAAGAGAUGCAACACGGUCCCUUUCCAGUAGAGCAGCUUCAGGUAUCUGGCAUAGCUGCCCUUGACAUUAAGAAGCUUAAGGAUGCGGGUCUCUGCACAGUAGAAUCUGUUGCAUACUCUCCAAGGAAGGAUCUGCUGCAAAUCAAAGGAAUAAGCGAGGCUAAAGUUGACAAGAUCAUUGAAGCAGCAUCCAAGCUGGUUCCUUUGGGCUUUACCAGUGCUAGCGAACUCCAUGCGCGAAGGGUUGAAAUCAUUCAGAUAACAUCGGGGUCGAGGGAACUUGACAAGAUUUUAGAAGGAGGAAUUGAGACUGGAUCUAUAACUGAACUUUAUGGCGAAUUUCGCUCUGGAAAGACUCAGUUAUGCCACACAUUAUGUGUCACUUGUCAACUUCCACUGGAACAAGGGGGUGGCGAGGGCAAAGCAAUGUACAUUGAUGCAGAAGGCACAUUCAGACCUCAAAGACUUCUACAGAUUGCAGACAGGUUCGGAUUGAAUGGUGCUGAUGUUUUGGAGAAUGUGGCCUAUGCUAGAGCCUAUAACACUGAUCAUCAGUCAAGGCUUCUGCUAGAAGCAGCUUCAAUGAUGGUAGAAACCAGGUUUGCUCUUAUGAUAGUGGACAGUGCUACAGCUCUCUAUAGAACAGAUUUCUCUGGAAGGGGAGAACUGUCAGCCAGGCAAAUGCAUCUUGGAAAAUUCCUUAGGAGCCUUCAGAAGUUGGCAGAUGAGUUCGGUGUGGCAGUAGUCAUUACCAACCAAGUUGUUGCACAAGUUGAUGGUUCUGCCAUUUUUGCUGGGCCCCAAAUCAAGCCAAUUGGUGGAAACAUCAUGGCUCAUGCUUCUACAACGAGGCUUGCCCUCCGCAAAGGAAGGGCAGAGGAGCGCAUUUGCAAAGUAAUAAGUUCUCCAUGUUUAGCUGAAGCUGAAGCACGGUUUCAAAUCUCCACAGAAGGUGUUACAGAUGUUAAGGACUGAUCAAUGCCAGCUCUGGAGUCCUCAGGGUCUUCAACCUUUGCUCUUGUACCCAUCUUUGGGUCAUAGUUGGGCAACUGUAAUUGUCAAGGAUGUUGGUAUUGGCAUGUUGGUACCCGGGGUUGUUUUGGAGGGAAGUGAGAAAAGUUAUCUAUUUUUGAGAAUCAGAAGGCAUGCUGGAUUUCAUGAUUUGCAUUUCUUUUAGUGGAAGAGAGCGUAUAUUUUCCCUUAUGGAUUCAUGUUGGACAUGUUUCUUGUAAAUGUACAUGUUAUGGCGUUUCUGCCUUUUUCUUUGCAUUCUCCUCUUGACAUGUUGUAAUUGUAAAGAGAUCUUUCUUGGUUUCUUCAGUAUUGUAAAAGGAUGUUAUGUUGUUAGAUGUUUCGCCAUACUGUAGGUGUCUAUCUUUCUAUUAA